AUGGUAGCUCAACACCCUGCUCCCAAUCAACCUCAGAACCAAACCGUUCGUGUGCGAGCAUGUUAUAAGUGUGGUGAUGUCAACCACAUGGCAGAUGUCGGUCCUCAACGAAAACAACCACAGCAACCACAACAACAACAGCAACAGCAGCAACAACAGGCUCAACAACCCGCUCAAGGCCGAGCCUUUCUUCUCACUACUGCUCAAGCUCAAAACGCGAAUGAUGUCAUUACUGAAGAUUUCAGUUGGGACAAAUACAUUCCACCUGAUUCAAAAGUUGUUGCUUUAGUUGCAAAAGUCAUCCAAGAACCUGAAUUGUUUACAGAAUGGAUGAAUAUGAUUGGUGUUAAGGCUAAGAAUCAAGAUGAAGAGUCUAGUUCAUCGGAAGAAAAUUCAGAACAAACAACAGUUGUGGAUCAAUCAUCAUCAGAUUCUAGUUCUUCAGAUGAUAAUCCAGAAAAGACAAUAGAGUUGGAUCAAUCACCAACUGGUGACAGUGGUAUGGAAGCAUUUAAAGAUGAGAAGCCGAAGAAAAAAGGAUACUGGUAA